GGCCUGAUUGUAAUAAAGGGUUGGGCCCAGCUGGGCAACAGCUCACACGCUCGAACUCUGAGUGUGCUUGACAACCCACCAUCUUCCUUCCUGGUUUUCGCUAAUGUUGCACCUGCGCCUGGGCCCGGUGCUGAGUGCUGAGCAUCCAAUACAUCGCGCCCCUGCGCCAGCUCCAAAGUCGGUGGCGCCAACCGGGCCCAACGCUAGCGUGGAAGCUGCGGGGCCGUGUCUGCUCCUUGAACUGCUGCCAAACCACCUGCUGCUGCACAUCCUCGGGCUUUUGGACGUGUUCAGCAGAUGUGUUCUGUCGCAGACAUGCCGGACGCUGCUGCAGCUGUGCGGCACGCCCUCCCUGUGGCCCGGUCGCCGGCUCGGUGGGCCGCUGGUGCAGGCGGUGCGCUGCUCGCUGUCGGCCAUACUGCGCGUACCGCCGCAGAUCUUUAAUGUGCGACUUGAGGAUGGCCGCUCCGCCAAGUUCCCGUUAUCGGUGCCUCUGCACAACCUGCGUUUCGUGCUGGGGGCGGGAGACGUGGAGGCGCUGGCGGAGCGAGCCGCCGGCAGCCUGCAGGACUGGAUAGGCCGCGUGCCCGCUGCCGCCCACUACCGCCCUGCGGCCCCCGGAGGCGUUGGAAGCAGCGGCGGCGGUUGCAACAGCCGCUACUGCCUCCGGUGCGGCGUGGGCAGCAGCGCAAGACGGGGAGGGCCGGGCGCGGGCGCGGGCGCGGGCGCGGGCGUAAUUGACAACCAGGCUGGGGAGGAGGUUGGCGCGGGCGGCGGGAGAGCGUCCGGCGGAGCGGUCGAUGGGAGAUUGAGAUGCGAAGAAAGAGGCGGUGGCGGGCUGCCGCUGUCAGCGGCGCUGAUGCUGUGCCGAGCCGACCGCGGCUUUGUCCGGUUGGGGUUGCGGCCCCCCGUGGCGGUGGCCCGGGUGCUGGCGGCGGCGGCUGUAGCAACCGAGCCGCCGCCCGCCUGGCUGCCGGCAGUAGCAGCAGAGGUGUCGGUGGCAGGGCUGGUUCAUGGGACUGGGGCCGACACCGCGCCAUGGGUGGCUGCGGGAGGAGAGAAAGGGUCGGUCACAGCUGCGGCGGCUGCAGCAGUAGCAGCUGAAGAAGCGGCUGCGGCAGUAGCAGCAGGGGAGGAGGUGGCACAGCUGCGGCUGCUGGAGCUCGCACUGGCGGGUGUGCCGUUCGCGAGGGAGGCGUGGCGCGCCUUCGCGGCCGGUUGCCAGCGUGUCGCUGUCUCCCGCCUGACGGCGCCCGCCACUGGAGCGGUGGGGCCAGCAGCAGCACCAGCAGGGCGGGUGCAGCCACAGGCACCGCCACCGGUGGCCCUGGAAGCGGAGGGCGGGAGCGGCGGCGCAGUAGAUGGUGGCGGCAAGCACACGCAGCAUGCGCAGCACAUGCACGCGCACCGGCAUAGCAUAUGCGGGCUGCUGCCGCUGCCGUGCACCACGACCGUAGACCGCAUCUCAUGGCCGUCUGCCACCGGCGGGUCGUUUCCGCCUGGCGCGGCGGCCGGAGGUGAGGGCAGCUGCAGGGACCGCCUACACGCCACCUGCUCGACCCUGCGGCUGCGACUGGUGGCGCUGAUGACGCGGGGCUGGGGCCCGGCGCCGGGAACGGCAGCGGCGGAGUCGGUAACGGCCGCCCAGGCAGGCCCUGAACUGCUGGCCGGGGUGGCAGUAGCAGGGGAAAGGGGCGGUGCGCAACAAGUCGCAGGGGCAGCGUUAGCGGCGGCGGCAGUGGCGCCGCCAUCGAGCCAGCCGCCGGCUGCAGCGUUGCGAAUGGAGCUGGAGUCGGCGCUUAACAGUGCCUGCAAUGUAGCGGUUGCGUACGGCAAACUCCAGGCAGCGGUUGGCGCCGUGCAAGCGGGCUGGCAUCGGGAAAUGGCGGAUCGCGGGUAUGUUAGCCUGGGCCAUCAGAACGACAACAGCGAUGGCUGUAGCGAUGGCAUUGGCGGCAGCAGUGGCGGCAACGGGCUCGGGCCGAUGUCAAAUGCUGCUGUUGGAGCAGUGCGUCACUGCGUCUCGGACGCAGCAGUGGCGGCGACCGGCACAGACGCCCUUAUGUGCCUCACCACGUUUGAGGCGUUGUUGGAGGUCAGGGCGGCGGUCGCCGCAGUGGCAGCUGCCGCCGCAACGGCCGCAGCAGCCGCGGCCGCCGCUGCUGUGGGGCAACCGGGAAGAGCUACGGCGCCCAAGGCGCAGCGUGGGUCGGCCGCGCCGUUGCCGCGCAACGGGUUGCACAACAGCACGAGCAGUGGCGCUAACACUGUACCCGCUUACGGUGCGGCCUGGUCUGCUGGAGGCCAAAGCCACAGCAUCAGCAGCAACCCCAAAUGGGACGUCGCGCUGUCGCCGCAGCCGGCGAUUGCGUCGUUGCGUGCCGCCAGCGACAGCACCGAGGCAUCGGCCUCCCUCCGGCCGCCUCUUGCAGCCCUCAGCAGCCGCCCCAGCCCUCCAUCGGGUGGCACGGCGGACAGGAGCAGCGGCAGGGGCACGUCAGGCUGCACGACUGCUGCCGCUGCCGAAUGCGACAGCUCGGAAGCGCCGCUUUGCUGGGCGCCGGAGGCCCCGACCGUUAGCUCCGUGAUCCGCGACCUGUGCGGCCUGCUCUCAGGCACCUUGGCCCCGGCAGUCGCAAGGCUGCUGGAGCCGCCGAGGCCUAGCUACAGCCCGCUAGGGCUGCUGGUGGGAGGCGGUGGUGAUGGCGGCGGUGGCUUUGGCGGGGCGGAGGCGGCGGGACGCAGCCUGGCUCGGGUGGCGGUGGUGGGUGUGGAUGGCGUGGACGGGCGGGAGCAACGGGAGGCGCUGCGGGCGCUGUUGAUUGUGUAUCUGAGGAGUUGCAUGACUUGGGCGCUGGUGGCAAUGGGUGCCUUAUAGCAUUUCCAACACACCGACUACACACCCAUUGCAAAGGAGCGGUGGGGGUGGGCUGCACCGCCGGUGCCGGGGUAGUUGAGAUGCUGGUGUACUUGAGCCGAUUGAUCGCCCGUGAUAAAUGACGCCCAGGUGUGAUGGGACAGGGUAAGGGGCAGAUUGCAUUGGUUACAAGAGGGACCUGCUGACGCAGUUCACGAGCCAGUGGCGUGGAGCGAGAACGAACACCCUGCUCUGGACCCCAGGGGCGUGCCGCCUGCAACGCCGUCGGCCUACUCUAGCUCUAGUAGGCUUGCUCCCAUAGGACGCUCCUCCCGCCAUACCGAACAUAUUACCAGGUGCCAUCACUCCACCUCUUCCAUUAUGACACUUCGGCAGGGCAAGCUGGCGUAGUCCCGUGGUGUGCAGUGUAUUCCCAGACCCAAACCAGGAAGGGGUUAGAAAGCUCAGGUUCUUACCCCAUGCUCGAAGUUACAGAGCUGUCGAAGAGCAUUACGCUCGUACACUAAGUCUGUCAGGCCAACCCCGACGCCUGAGGAAGUUCUGGCCGCCAAAGUGAGGCUGGGUUAGUCGUCGUCCCUGGGGGUCCGUUGGGUUCCGGGAGCCCAUCCUGGCGGAAUUCGGGGAAUCGGGAAACGCCCCGCUAGCAAAACCUAGGCGCCCAACGCAGCACCGCGAGGCUCACAUAUGCACUUCAUGCAGUAAUGAGCACAAACAAAGCGUGUCAGGGCUAAUUUGCGCAUCCUGGCGUGGACACAUUUCCCCCGGGCAUGGAUGGGGCGUGAGGAUGCAUCGGACUGCCAGUCGCACUUACAGGUGCGCACCUGGUGCAGAUUGCUUUGUUGCUCGGCUCAAGGCCAUCGCUGUUUGCAGCCUCCGGCUGCAAGUUUGUGUCAGGGGCAGCGGGAAGCUCCUUCUACAAGACAUGUGAAGCAGUGUGACCAGGUGUGACACGUACAAUCUCCUCUGCGUAUAACAGGCCCGAGACGUCGCUGACUUUCUGGUGCGCAUGAUGACGCAGAGGUGAGGAACUUCCUUGCGAGGGCUGGCUAGAGAUUAGGAGUGCCAGAGCUACCGUAGGUGAAGAUGCGUUUUGGUACUGCAGGCGGGCCUAGCAUGGAAGCUUUCGUGAAG